UUCUGAACAAACACGGCGAAGAGUAGAAGCAUUUCCUUAUUCUCACACAGGAACCACACCUCACUGGGGAGCUCAACUUCUCAGCAACUUUCCACCAGCUGCCGAGAAGACCAGAAAAGCCACCGGGUUCCUAGGGUGCUGUCAGGACCACCGACACCAGGAAAAUAAAUAGAUUUAUCCUCCCUUAGCGGUAAGGCUAUCGGCUGGGAUUGGCUGUCUGAUGGAGUGAUCCGACCCGUUUCCUUCGAGGAUUUCUUCUGAUCCGACUCGGGAUCUUCUGGCGUCGGCCACACAGAAUUAGAACCAAACUGGAAGUCUCAAAAAUGAGCGACUUUUGGCAUAAACUAGGCUGCUGUGUGGUAGAAAAGCCACAACCGAAGAAGAGGAGAAGGAUUGAUCGCUCCAUGAUAGGAGAACCCAUGAACUUUGUCCAUCUGACACAUAUCGGCUCAGGAGACAUGGCCUCUGGAGACGGACUUUCCAUGGCCGCUCCGAUGCAAGAUCAUAUGAGAUCGAAAGGAAACCGCGAUAGACCAUGGAGCAACUCCAGGAUCUUGUAGCUAUACACACUGGAUCGAGCACAUUAAGGAGGAGCAGGAACAAAGCGCCGCGCUGCAAUCACUGGAUAAGUUAUUCAAUCUUCCAAACAAAAUGAUUUAAAUUUUUUCCUGGAAACAUUUUUUGGAGAACUGAUACAGAAAUAUCUGAAGAAUGUGCAAUAUUUUUCUAGAAUAUUAUAAAUAUGUAAUAGCUUUUUUUCAUGGAGAUUCCUGCUGUCUGAGCUACGCUGUGGAUUAUCUGCCUUUUAUUAUUUUUUGGAACGUCCGGAAUGAUUGAAGCGAUGCCAGAUUGUGAAACAGAGCACUUCAUAGACUGCUAUAUAAGUCCCAUCAAUCCUCGCCUCUCCCUCACUCCACAUUCCAUCAUAUUUCACACCUGGAAAACAAAUCUGUCAAAAAUUCCAUGAAUUUUCACCUUCAAGGGUCCUGCCUCAAUAGUAUUCUAUAGAAAUGAGCAUUUUAGGAGAUAAUGACGUGUUUUUAUUUUCUUACUUAAGGUAACAAAAAAU